AACAUGGCGGAGCUGUGAGCGGUGUCUGUCCUCAUCACAACAACGCCAGCCGCAGCCGCCACCGCAGGACCCGCUCCCCCAGCCCAGCUCAGCCAGCCCAGCUCCCGGUACCGCCCGCCCUCACCCCAUCCCACCCCGCCCAGCACAGCGAGCAGGACCCGGCAGGUGUGAUGGAGGGGAGCUCGGUGUGUGCCGAUCCCCGCAGCCCGGUCUGCCGCCGCCACUGACAGCCCGGUCCCCGCCGCCAUCCGUGACCCCCGCUCUCCGUGCCCGGCCCUCCCUGGAUCACAGCCGAUAUCCCAACCAGCCAGCCAGCCAGCCAGCGCUCCGUGCCGGCCCGGGGGCCAGCCAUGGCCAGCGACAAGCCCCUCACCGGGGCCGUGUGUCCGGACCCCCCGGGGGGCUCGGGAUCCAUGGUGCUGCCCGGCGGGGUCAUCAACCCGUCCGUGCCCAUCAGGAACAUGAGGAUGAAAUUCGCCGUGCUCAUCGGGCUCAUCCAGGUCGGGGAGGUCAGCAACCGGGACAUCGUGGAGACCGUGCUCAACCUGUUGGUUGGUGGAGAGUUCGAUCUGGAGAUGAACUUUAUUAUUCAGGAUGCGGAAAGUAUAACGUGCAUGUCCGAACUGCUGGAGCACUGUGAUGUAACGUGCCAGGCUGAAAUAUGGAGCAUGUUCACAGCCAUUCUACGGAAAAGUGUCCGUAACCUACAGACCAGCACAGAAGUUGGACUCAUUGAGCAAGUGCUUUUGAAGAUGAGCUCAGUAGACGACAUGAUUGCAGAUCUUCUGGUUGACAUGCUCGGAGUGAUGGCCAGUUACAGUAUCACUGUCAAAGAGCUGAAGCUGCUGUUCAGCAUGUUACGUGGAGAAAAUGGAGUCUGGCCAAGACAUGCAGUUAAACUGUUAUCAGUCCUCAAUCAGAUGCCACAAAGACACGGACCAGACACGUUUUUCAACUUCCCAGGACGGAGUGCUGCUGCUAUUGCAUUGCCUCCUAUUGCCAAGUGGCCUUACCAAAAUGGUUUCACUCUAAAUACGUGGUUUCGCAUGGACCCAUUAAACAAUAUCAAUGUGGACAAGGAUAAGCCUUAUCUUUAUUGUUUUCGCACAAGUAAAGGUGUGGGUUAUUCUGCACAUUUUGUUGGUAACUGCUUGAUAGUGACUUCGCUGAAAUCAAAAGGAAAAGGAUUUCAGCACUGUGUGAAGUACGAUUUCCAGCCACGCAAGUGGUAUAUGAUCAGCAUUGUGCACAUCUAUAACCGUUGGCGGAACAGUGAAAUACGCUGUUAUGUGAAUGGUCAGCUAGUUUCCUACGGUGACAUGGCCUGGCAUGUCAACACCAAUGAUAGCUAUGACAAAUGCUUUCUUGGGUCGUCAGAAACUGCAGACGCAAACAGAGUGUUUUGUGGUCAGCUCGGGGCUGUAUAUGUAUUUAUUGAAGCUCUGAAUCCUGCACAGAUUUUUGCAAUACAUCAGCUCGGACCAGGCUACAAGAGUACGUUUAAAUUUAAAUCGGAGAGUGAUAUCCAUCUUGCAGAACACCACAAACAAGUUUUAUAUGACGGAAAACUAGCGAGCAGUAUAGCUUUCACUUACAAUGCAAAGGCCACAGACGCACAGCUCUGCCUCGAAUCGUCACCAAAGGAAAACCCUUCCAUUUUUGUGCAUUCCCCGCAUGCUUUAAUGCUUCAGGAUGUUAAAGCUAUUGUAACACACUCCAUACACAGUGCAAUUCACUCCAUCGGUGGAAUCCAGGUUCUCUUUCCCCUUUUUGCCCAGCUGGACAAUCGGCAGUUGAAUGAUAGUCAGGUGGAAACCACAGUCUGUGCGACUCUCUUGGCUUUCCUGGUUGAGCUGUUAAAGAGUUCAGUAGCCAUGCAAGAGCAAAUGCUUGGUGGCAAAGGUUUUUUGGUCAUUGGCUACCUCUUGGAAAAGUCUUCAAGGGUUCACAUAACCCGAGCAGUCUUGGAGCAGUUUCUGUCAUUUGCAAAGUACUUAGAUGGCUUGUCUCAUGGGGCUCCUUUAUUGAAGCAACUCUGUGAUCAUAUCCUAUUCAAUCCUGCGAUUUGGAUACACACCCCUGCAAAGGUGCAGCUCGCACUGUACACCUAUUUAUCAGCUGAGUUUAUCGGCACUGCCACUAUCUACACCACCAUCCGACGGGUGGGCACAGUAUUACAGCUAAUGCAUACUCUGAAAUAUUACUACUGGGUUGUAAAUCCAACAGACAGCAGUGGCAUUAAUCCAAAAGGUCUCGAUGGAUCCCGACCCUCUCAAAAAGAAAUCAUUUCGCUGCGAGCAUUUAUGUUACUGUUUUUGAAGCAGCUUAUUCUCAAGGAUCGAGGUGUCAAAGAAGAUGAGCUACAGAGCAUAUUAAACUACUUGCUGACAAUGCAUGAGGACGAGAAUAUUCAUGAUGUUCUGCAGCUAUUAGUGGCUCUAAUGUCUGAACAUCCUGCUUCGAUGAUACCUGCAUUUGAUCAGAGGAACGGGAUACGGGUCAUUUAUAAAUUAUUGGCUUCUAAAAGUGAAAGUAUCCGUGUACAAGCUCUGAAGGUCCUGGGAUAUUUUCUCAAGCACUUGGGUCACAAGAGGAAAGUUGAAAUUAUGCACACCCACAGCCUGUUCACUCUGCUCGGAGAGCGACUGAUGCUUCAUACGAAUACAGUGUCUGUAACAACAUAUAACACACUCUAUGAGAUAUUAACGGAACAGGUUUGCACACAGGUUGUCCACAAGCCUCACCCAGAGCCAGAUUCGACGGUAAAAAUUCAAAAUCCAAUGAUUUUGAAGGUCGUAGCAACGCUGCUUAAAAAUUCCACACCAAGUUCUGAGCUAAUGGAAGUACGCCGCCUGUUCCUGUCUGACAUGAUAAAGCUUUUUAGUAACAGCCGGGAGAAUAGACGAUGCCUUCUUCAGUGCUCCGUGUGGCAGGAUUGGAUGUUUUCUCUUGGUUAUAUCAAUCCGAAGAAUUCUGAAGAACAGAAAAUCACAGAGAUGGUAUACAACAUAUUCCGAAUACUUCUGUACCACGCAAUAAAGUAUGAGUGGGGAGGCUGGAGAGUCUGGGUCGAUACCCUCUCCAUAGCUCAUUCCAAGGUCACUUAUGAAGCUCACAAGGAAUACUUGGCAAAAAUGUAUGAAGAAUAUCAAAGGCAAGAGGAAGAAAAUAUCAAAAAGGGGAAGAAGGGAAAUGUAAGCACUAUAUCUGGACUUUCAUCUCAGGCAGCAGCUGUUAAGGGAGGCCUGGAAAUUCGAGAAAUAGAAGAUCUCUCACAUAGUCUAAGUCCCGAAAGUGAUGCGGAUUAUCCUGUUAAUACGGAUACUAGAGAUUUGCUGAUAGCUACAAAAAUUUCUGAUGAUGCUCUUACAAGUCCAGAUCAGCCAACUGGUGGAGUCCGUGUGGAAGUUCACGAUCUCUUGGUUGACAUUAAGGCUGAAAAGGUUGAAGCCACUGAGGUAAAACUUGACGACUUAGAUUUAUCUCCUGAGACACUGGUGAGUGGUGAAAAUGGAGCUCUUGUUGAGGUGGAGUCAUUAUUAGAUAAUGUCUACAGUGCAGCUGUCGAAAAGCUCCAAAAUAAUGUUCAUGACAGUGUUGGCAUUAUCAAAGAAAAUGAAGAAAAAGAUGGUCCUCUGAUUACGUUGGCUGAUGAAAAAGACCAAACGACUCCAAAUAAUACCUCAUUCCUUUUUGAUAAGAUGACGCAUUCAGAUGACAAACUCUUACCUGAACUGACUGGUGGCAACCAUAUUACUAUUGGAAGUGUUCAGGAUGCUCAUGUUCACAUUGGUGUUAAUGAUGACCUUGGUUUGCUUGCUCACAUGACUGGCAGUGUAGACCUCACAUGUGCAUCGGGAGUCAUCGGGGACAAGGAUUUCAAGAUCCAUACUACAGCUGACAGCUUAAAUAGCAUUUCUGAUAGGGAGUUGGCUUCAUCCUCAAAAGCACUUGAAUAUGCUCAGAUGACUGCUACAACUCUCGAAACAGAAUCUUCUGGAAGCAAAUCCAUAGUAAAUAUGGAUGCAAGUAGCACCGUAUCCGAUACAGAAAGAUCCGAUGAUGGCAGAGAUCUUGGAAAAGAAAUUAAGAAAAUCCAAACUACAACUACUACAACACAGGCUGUCCAAGGGCGAUCAAUGAGCCAGCAUGAACGAGAUCUGCGUGUUGAUUUGGGAUUCCGAGGAAUGCCGAUGACAGAGGAGCAGCGUCGGCAGUUCAGUCCUGGGCCGCGUACUACAAUGUUCCGCAUCCCUGAGUUCAAGUGGUCUCCGAUGCAUCAGCGAUUGCUGACUGAUUUGUUAUUCGCACUAGAAACUGAUGUGCAUGUUUGGAGAAGCCAUUCAACCAAGUCGGUCAUGGAUUUUGUCAAUAGCAAUGAAAACAUCAUAUUCGUGCAUAACACUAUUCACCUGAUUUCCCAAAUGGUUGACAAUAUCAUUAUAGCGUGUGGAGGAAUAUUGCCUUUGUUGUCUGCAGCCACUUCCCCGACUGGUUCUAAGGUUAGUAUAUCAGAUACGGAGUUGGAGAACAUUGAAGUAACGCAAGGGAUGUCAUCGGAAACGGCGGUCACUUUCCUUAGUCGGCUCAUGGCCAUGGUGGACGUUCUGGUCUUUGCCAGCUCUCUGAAUUUCAGUGAGAUAGAAGCGGAGAAGAACAUGUCUUCUGGUGGCUUAAUGCGCCAGUGUCUGAGGCUUGUUUGUUGUGUAGCUGUGAGAAACUGCCUGGAAUGUCGACAGAGGCAAAGAGAGAGAGCAACCAAGGGCUCCAUGUCCAACACUAAAGUCCAGGACAACUUGCAGAAUGUGUCGGCUUCUUCUGCAACAAAGCCCCCAGUAGACAAUGUUCCUGGCAAUAUUUCGCCAAUUAAGGACCCAGAUCGACUUCUUCAAGAUGUUGAUAUUAAUCGCCUGCGAGCAGUAGUUUUCAGAGAUGUGGAUGACAGCAAGCAGGCCCAGUUUUUAGCAUUGGCUGUUGUUUACUUUAUAUCUGUACUGAUGGUCUCGAAAUACCGUGAUAUAUUGGAACCUCAGCGGGAAACGGCAAGGUCUGCAAACCAAGCUGCACGAAAUAUCAGACAAGAAAUAAAUUCACCCACCAGUACAGAUACCCCAGCCUUGUUUCCUGACAUCAAAGAGAAAGAGACUCCGACACCCAUCGAGGAGCUGCAUCUAGAGACCUCCAUCCCUCACACAGAUUCCGGGAUCGGAGAAGAACACAUUAGCAGCAUUUUAAAUGGAACUGAUCUAGAUUCAAGUUUAAGUCCAGACGUCAUGGGCGAACUGUUGUCUACACUGUCCUCUGACGUAAAGAAGUCCCAGGAAAGCUUAACAGACAGCCCAAGUGAUAUGCUCAAACCAGCAUCCUCCAUAUCAAGCAUCAGCCAAAGCAAAGGCAUCAACGUCAAAGAGAUCUUAAAGAGCCUUGUAGCUGCCCCCUUUGAAAUUGCCGAGGCUGGACCGGACCCAGUACCAUAUCCAGAUCCAGCAUUAAAAAGAGAAGCCCAAGCCAUUCUCCCAAUGCAGUUCCAUUCUUUUGACAGGAGUGUAGUUGUACCCGUGAAAAAGCCUCCUCCUGGUAGCUUGGCUGUUAACACGGUUGGCACCGCCAGUGGUGGAGGUCUAACACCAAGCACAACACCAAAUAUAUUUGCUGCAGCUGGAGCAACUCCCAAAAGUAUGAUUAAUACAACAGGUGCUGUAGAUUCCGCCUCUUCCUCCUCCUCUUCGUCCUCUAGUUUUGUUAAUGGUGCUACAAGCAAAAACCUUCCAGCGGUGCAGACAGUGGCCCCCAUGCCAGAAGACUCGGCAGAGAAUAUGAGCAUCACCGCCAAACUGGAAAGAGCCUUAGAAAAGGUCGCACCUCUCCUGCGUGAAAUUUUUGUCGAUUUUGCCCCCUUUCUGUCUCGGACACUGCUUGGAAGUCAUGGACAAGAGCUCUUAAUUGAAGGUCUUGUCUGCAUGAAGUCCAGCACGUCGGUGGUUGAGUUAGUCAUGCUGCUUUGCUCGCAGGAGUGGCAAAAUUCGAUCCAAAAGAAUGCCGGACUUGCGUUUAUCGAACUUAUCAACGAAGGAAGACUCUUGUGCCAUGCCAUGAAGGAUCACAUAGUGCGUGUUGCAAACGAAGCCGAGUUUAUUUUAAACAGACAGCGAGCGGAGGAUGUACACAAACACGCAGAGUUUGAGUCCCAGUGUGCUCAGUAUGCCGCUGAUCGGAAAGAAGAGGAGAAGAUGUGUGACCAUCUAAUCAGUGCUGCGAAACACAGAGACCAUGUCACAGCCAAUCAGUUAAAGCAGAAGAUCCUUAACAUUCUGACCAAUAAGCACGGAGCCUGGGGUGCCAUCUCCCAGAGCCAACUCCAUGACUUCUGGCGGUUAGAUUACUGGGAAGAUGACCUUCGACGGCGAAGACGUUUUGUGCGAAAUGCAUUUGGUUCUACACAUUCAGAUGCAAGACUAAAAUCUGCCAUUGAAUAUGGUACUGAUGAAGAUGUCAUGAAAUCGAAGAAGGCUUUCCGAAGCCAGGCUGCAGUUAAUCAAAAUGCCGAAGCAGAGUUAAUGCUGGAAGGGGAUGAUGAUGCCGUUAGUUUGCUUCAAGAGAAGGAAAUCGACAAUCUCGCAGGUCCUGUUGUACUCAGCACCCCAGCUCAGCUCAUUGCACCCAUUGUGGUGGCUAAAGGCACCCUUUCCAUUACCACCACUGAAAUCUACUUCGAGGUGGAUGAAGAAGACAUUAGCUUUAAGAAGGUCGACCCCAAAGUCCUUGCGUACACAGAAGGUUUACAUGGAAAAUGGAUGUUCAGCGAGAUUCGAGCAGUUUUCUCAAGGCGCUACCUCUUGCAAAACACCGCUCUGGAGGUGUUUAUGGCUAAUCGCACGUCAGUUAUGUUCAAUUUUCCCGACCAAGCCACUGUUAAAAAAGUCGUAUACAGCCUUCCUCGGGUUGGAGUGGGCACCAGUUAUGGAUUGCCUCAAGCAAGGAGAAUAUCUCUGGCCACUCCUAGGCAGCUUUUUAAAUCCUCAAACAUGACUCAGCGAUGGCAACGACGGGAGAUUUCAAACUUUGAAUACUUGAUGUUCCUCAAUACCAUAGCAGGCCGUACCUACAAUGACUUGAAUCAGUAUCCAGUUUUUCCAUGGGUGUUAACAAAUUACGAAUCUGAAGAGCUGGACUUGACUUUACCAGGAAACUUCAGGGAUCUUUCAAAGCCAAUUGGUGCUUUGAAUCCAAAGAGAGCUGUGUUUUACGCUGAGCGCUACGAAAAUUGGGAAGAUGACCAGACUCCCCCAUACCACUACAACACACAUUACUCCACCUCAACAUUUACACUCUGCUGGCUUGUUCGAAUUGAGCCCUUUACUACGUUUUUCUUAAAUGCCAAUGAUGGAAAAUUCGACCAUUCAGACCGAACAUUUUCUUCUGUUGCCAGAUCUUGGAGAAAUAGCCAAAGAGAUACGUCAGAUGUAAAGGAACUCAUUCCAGAGUUUUACUACCUACCAGAGAUGUUUGUCAACAGCAACGGGUAUAAUUUUGGAGUUCGGGAAGACAGUGUAGUUGUCAAUGAUGUAGACCUUCCUGCGUGGGCAAAAAAUCCUGAAGAUUUUGUCCGAAUCAAUAGAAUGGCUCUAGAAAGUGAAUUUGUAUCAUGUCAGCUACAUCAGUGGAUAGACCUCAUCUUUGGUUACAAGCAAAGAGGGCCAGAAGCUGUGCGGGCAUUAAAUGUCUUUCACUACCUAACGUAUGAAGGCUCUGUAAACUUAGACAGUAUCACCGAUGCAGUACUGCGAGAGAUUCCCGAAGCGUAUUUUAUUAGAGAUCCCCACACUUUCCUUCUCACUGGGGAUUAUGUUAAGGCCAUGGAGGCACAGAUACAGAAUUUUGGACAGACGCCAUCUCAGUUGCUUAUUGAACCACAUCCGCCUCGAAGCUCUGCCAUGCACCUGUGUUUCCUUCCGCAGAGUCCGCUCAUGUUUAAAGAUCAGAUGCAGCAGGAUGUUAUAAUGGUGCUAAAAUUUCCAUCGAACUCACCAGUCACCCAUGUUGCGGCCAAUACGCUGCCUCAUCUGACCAUCCCUGCGGUGGUAACCGUGACCUGCAGCAGGAUGUUUGCUGUAAAUAGAUGGCAUAAUACUGUUGGCCUGAGGGGAGCCCCUGGUUACUCAUUGGACCAAGCCCAUCACCUGCCCAUCGAAAUGGAUUCACUGAUUGCCAAUAACUCUGGAGUCAGCAAGCGGCAGAUUACAGAUCUAGUGGAUCAGAGCAUACAGAUCAAUGCACACUGUUUUGUGGUCACGGCUGACAAUCGCUACAUUCUUAUUUGUGGGUUCUGGGACAAAAGCUUCAGGGUAUACUCAACAGAAACAGGGAAAUUGACUCAGAUUGUCUUUGGACACUGGGAUGUGGUCACUUGUCUUGCGAGAUCAGAAUCGUACAUUGGUGGUGAUUGUUACAUUGUCUCUGGAUCCCGUGAUGCAACUUUAUUACUGUGGUACUGGAGUGGGAGACAUCAUAUCAUUGGUGACAACCCAAAUAACAGUGAUUACCCAGCACCCCGAGCUGCUCUCACUGGCCACGACCAUGAAGUUGUUUGUGUAUCAGUGUGUGCCGAACUGGGCCUCGUUAUCAGUGGAGCUAAAGAAGGACCAUGUUUAGUUCACACAAUCACUGGAGAUUUGCUAAGAGCUUUAGAGGGACCAGACAACUGCCUGUACCCCCGCUUAAUAUCCGUCUCCAGUGAAGGCCACUGUAUUAUAUACUACGAGCGAGGGCGCUUCUGCAACUUUAGCAUCAAUGGAAAACUUCUGGGUCAGAUGGAAAUUAAUGAUUCUACCAGGGCCAUCCUAUUGAGCAGCGAUGGACAGAAUCUAGUGACAGGAGGAGAUAAUGGUGUUGUGGAAGUCUGGCAAGCCUGUGAUUUCAAACAGCUCUACAUAUACCCUGGCUGUGACGCAGGGAUACGGGCAAUGGAUCUGUCACAUGAUCAGAGGACUCUGAUUACAGGCAUGGCUUCUGGUAGCAUUGUAGCUUUUAAUAUAGAUUUUAACCGAUGGCAUUAUGAACAUCAGAACAGAUACUAAGGGGGACAGAAGUGCUGAAAGCCAAAUUGGAGCUGAGAGCGCAAGCAGUACAGUGAAAAGACAUAGCCUUCUCUGAUGGAACUCCAAGUCUACAUUGACCUCCGUUGUACAUUCCAUUACACCCAGCAAUAGCUGUACAUUGUAGUCCGCGACCACUUCACUUUGUGUGUUUUUUUUCCACAAUUGAACACCAGCUGCUGAAAAGCAAGCUUGUACCAUGUAAAUUAUUUGAGGAUUAGGAGAUGUUUGGUAAUUAUUUCAACAAUAUUUAUUUUCUGAACAAGGUGGUAGGACUCAUUUCAAAGAGACUUUUGUCCAGCUGUUAUGGUGUUUUGUUCACGAAUCUUACAUCCCAUUUCCAGCCUCUUUUCAAGCUGUGAAAAAAAUAUAAAAUAAAAAAAAGUGAAAAAAAAAUAUAAAAAAAAUAUGUUUGAUACUUUGUACAUCAGAUGCACAUCUUGACUUUAAAAGGGAUACUUUUGUAAAAGUAAAACCUUGUAUAAUGAACAAAACAAAACAAAAAAAGUUUCUUAGUUUUAUUGUGAAGCUCCAAUGUGCUUGUACUUAUAUACCUGACAACUUGACCAAGCAGGUAUAUCACAGAAAAGAAAAGGGGUGCAGCUUGUAUUAAUAGUUUGAUUUUGGGCUUGUCUGAUCAUUUUAACAUUUACACCAAAAUAUGCUUUGCACUUUUCUUUUAAAUCCCUUAUAAGUGAAGUCCCUUUAAACUUUCGAAACUUGGGGAUACAAAGCCAUGGUUUGCCAUAAAUAUUUCAUAAGAGACAUAUUUGCUGUAGUUCUUCUUUUAUUUCUGAACAUUGUAAAAGAGUGCAAUUGAGUCAAAUUCUUAGUGUUUUACAAACAUGAGUUUUAACAUUUCCUAGCGCUAAAUAACUGUGCACUUGACACUACACGGUGCAAAUCCUCCUAUCUUAGGCAGGGAUUGUUGGUCUGAAGGGUCAUUUUUAUGCUUUUAUUUAAAAUCAGUUGCUAUUGUUUUAUAUGAUCUUAGGCUUUAGUAUAAAAUAAUUGGUGUUAAACUAUCAAGUUGUGGUGGUGGUGUCACCGAAAAGCCACAUUCUCAGCCUAAGAUGGACAUGAUGCUUUAUGUUUUACAAUACUGCAGUGGUUGUCAAAAUGAUUUUCCUGCACACUGUACCGUUUAACUGACACCCAGGGGUAAAUACACUUGUUUAUUCUUUGUAUAUUUGGUGACUGUAUUGUCAUAGAUGUACAUAUUGUGUCGGUAGGGCUCUGAGGCAUGUAACAAGAAUGUAAUUUUCUCCAAAUUUACACUCACUAGCAGUUAUUUUAUUUAAAACAACAACCACAAAAAUUCAAUAAUGAUUAUUUGUAUUGGCACUUUGCACCAGAAAACAUAUCAUUAUUUAUUGACGUGGUUAAUUAUUUGUUCUCCACCUUGUAUUAGUAAGUUUUGCCACUGAGUUUCUUCUACAUUGCUGUUUGUAUUAAAAAAAAAAAAAAGAGAGAGAGAGAGAAAGGAAGGAUGCUGGAAAAAAAAAACUUUCAAGGAAUCAUCGUAAAUAUUAAGUUAUUCAUCACCAGUCUGUAAGCAAUAUUUUGAGUUUGUAGCUUAGAAUAGAAGGACAUUGAACACCUGGAACACAAGUUAAUUUCAUCUUGAAAUCAUGGUGAGAUAUUUUGGAUAGAUCAAUUCCUUGAGCUAAUGUAACCAUGUUUUAUUGCAAAGAUGUAAAAUAUGCCAGAUGUGUUCAGUUGGAAAUAAAAAAAAAAAAAAAAUGAAAAA